CAGGAUUGGCGUCACCCCACGGCGGAGGGUGGGGGGACUCAUCAGCGGACGUGGUUUCCGCCCGGACACAGAUGACUGUCGCACACUUGCGGAUAACCGGAUGUGAAGGCGAGAGCCGAGUGGCCGAGGGGAACCCCGGUGUAGUGGUUGCUCCCCCUUCGCCCCAGCGAUGGACGGUGACAGUGAAGGCACCGGUCAGGGGGUUGGAGGGCAGCGGCCAGUCGCACGGGACAGGAGGAAGCGGAGCCGGUCGUCUUCCUCGUCCUCGUCGUCCAGCGAGAGGAGGAAGCACAAGAAGAGGAGCCACGCGUCGAAGAGAAAGAAAGAGGCCAAGCAGAAAAAGAAGAAGUCUAAGAAGCGGAAGAAGAAGCUGAGGAAGGUGAAGAGAGAGCGAGAGCCCGGGGCCGUGGGCGAACAAGCAGUCGGCCCUCCGCAGGAGCUGAGCGAGCAGCCUGGGGAUACUGGGACAGUCGUUACAGAUGAGCAGAAAGCUCGAAUUCAGGCCAUGCGACCGAUGACCAAAGAGGAGUGGGAGACCCGGCAGAGUGUCGUCCGGCACGUUGUGGACCUGGAGACCGGCAGAAAGCGGCUGAUUAAAGGUGAUGGAGAAGUUCUGGAAGAAAUUGUUAGCUUUGAGAGACACAAAGAAAUUAAUAAGCAGGCGACGAGGGGCGAUGGAUUCACUUUCCAGGUGAGAAUGGGCCUGAAAAGGUGACAAAGAGGUGAAAACCUUUGGGAUGACUGGAGGGUUCAGAUCCAUGCGUGCUGAUAAAUAGAAUUUUAUUUGAGAAUGGCUUUUGAUUAGUUUUUAAUAAAUUGUACAGCAAUUGCAA